UGCAAAACAUAAUAAUCGAUUAAAAAAGGAAACAUGGCCGAGACUUGUGUUAUUGAAAGUUUUAUUUGAUAUUAACAUGACAGACGCAGGUUGAUUGAACGAACGUUACUCUAAUAAAUUAGGCUGUGAUCCUAGCAAUCAGGGGAACAUACUGCCGUCAUCAUGUCAUCUCAAGCUUCCAUCGCACAGUUUGUGUCAGGGCUGAAGAGUCGCAGCGAGGAGACACGAUGGAAAACAGCCAACGACUUGCAUCACUUUGUGAGCACAGAGCUGCGAGAAAUGCCGCUAGAAGAACACACAAAGUUCAUGGAUGAGUUUAACCACCACAUUUUUGAAAUGGUGUCAAGUUCAGACCUUAAUGAAAGGAAAGGAGCAAUCUGGGCUAUUGUGAGCCUACUAGGGGUCGAUGUAGGCAAUGCCACAACACGCAUCGGUCGCUUCUCAAACUACCUGCAGAACCUGUUGGACUGCAACGAUGUGGCUGUCAUGGAGAUGGCCGCUAGGGCGCUGGGAAUACUGGUCCUCUCGUCGGGAACUUACGUCGCUGAGUACGUAGAGGUGGUCGUGAAGAAGGCCCUUGAGUGGCUCACUGAGGACCGGCAUGAAGUUAAGAGGCAUGCAGCGGUGCUGUGCUUCAUGGAGCUGGCUGUGAACACGCCCACUUUCUUCUUCCAGCAGAUACAGCAGUUCUUUGACUGCAUCUUUACAGCAGUCAGAGACCCCAAGCCAAUGAUUCGUGAAGGGGCCGUGGCGGCCCUUCGUGCAGCGCUCACUGUGACCUCCCAGAGAGAGGGCAAGGCCAGCCAGACAUCUCAGUGGUACAAGCAAUGUUUUGAUGAGGUGGACAGGCACUUUGAUGACACCAUAUUGCGAGACAAGAAGAUGUCAAAAGAUGACUGGGCCCAUGGCUCCCUGCUCAUUAUCAACGAGCUUCUAAGGUGCAGCAACGUGGAGGGGGAGAGGCUGAGAAAUGACAUGGAAGAGAUCACAACUCAGCAAUUCCAACAUGAAAAGAUUGUCAAAGAGCAGUCAAGGGGCCACAAGCCACAGGGUACUUUGAUGGGGGCCCAGCAGUUCAAGCAGAAGUCGUCUCCCCUGAUGAGUUUCAGCCUCACGUCCAGGCAGCUGCACAGGAAGCCUACCCUGUUUGAGAGCAGGUUCUGUAAGGAGCUCAUGACACAGAACUUUGACAAGGUGUGUGCCCUGGUACUACGCCACAAGAGCAGUAAGAGUGUGUCCGUGCAGCAGACCCUGCUGGUGGUGUUCCCUAGGCUGGCAGCCUUCAACCCAGACGUAUUCUCCAAACUGUACCUGGAGGAGACAGUGGUGUUCCUACUUGGUGUGCUGCGGUCCAGUAAGGAGAAGGCGAGUGCCUUUCAGGCCAUAGGCCUUCUGGCUGUGUCUGUACAGCAGAAGAUACAGCGCUUCAUGCCCCGCAUCAUGGAGAAUGUCAAACUGGCACUGCCGCCCAAAGACACUCAGACCAAGAAACACAAGAACUUUGUGGUGGACCCGACAGUGUUUACGUGUAUCAGCAUGCUAGCGAAGGCCAUGGGAGCCCAUAUGUACAGGGAUGUGCACGAGAUGUUGGAGUCUAUGCUGUCCACGGGUCUGAGUCCCGCCCUGACGGCUGCGCUGAGAGACCUCGCCCUGCAGAUCCCAGCCCUGAAGAAGGAGAUCCAGGACGGGCUGCUCAAGGCUCUCUCUGUCCUGCUGAUGGGCCGCACCCUGCGCCACCCGGGCGCCCCACAGAGCCCGGCGCCCACCACCUCCCCUACCGGUGUGUCCACCUUGGGUGCAGAGAACCAGGAUGUCACCAGCAUAACACUUGCACUGAAAACACUGGGAACAUUUGAUUUUGAAGGUCAUUCACUGACACAGUUUGUGCGACAUUGUGCAGAGCACUACCUGUCCAGUGAACACAAAGAGAUCAGAACGGAGGCCGUGAAGACGUGUGCCAGGCUCCUCUCUCCUUUACUGGUCCUUCUCUCCUCCCACCAGGGGCAGAUAAGCAUGGCUGCCAUGAAUACAGUGGCGGAGGUACUCAAUAAACUGCUGGUCGUUGGAAUCACAGACGUGGACCCCGACAUACGGCUGUGUGUUCUGGGCUCCCUGGAUGAGAGGUUUGAUGACCACCUCGCGCAGGCUGAGAACCUCAGUGCCCUCUUUGUGGCCCUCAAUGACGAGGUGUUCGAGAUACGAGAGAUCGCAAUCUGCAUGCUGGGCCGCCUCAGCAGUAAGAAUCCAGCCUAUGUGAUGCCUUCGUUGAGGAAGAAACUCAUACAGAUCCUGACAGAGCUGGACCACAGUGGUGUGGGCAGGAACAAGGAGCAGGCAGCGAGGAUGCUGGGUCACUUGGUGGCCAACGCUGCCCGCCUCGUCAGACCCUACAUGGACCCCAUUCUCAAUGCUCUGAUACCCAAGCUGAAGGACCCAGAUCCCAACCCCGCUGUGACCAUCAGUGUCCUGGCUGCCAUCGGGGAGCAGGCCCAGGUGAGUGGGAUAGAGAUGAGGAAGUCCAUGGAUGAGUUGCUGCCCAUUAUCCUGGACAUGCUUCAGGACUCCUCAGCUCUACAGAAGAGAGAGGUGUCUCUAUGGACGAUGGCCCAGCUGAUAGAAAGUACGGGCUAUGUGGUAGAACCUUACAAGAAAUACCCCAAACUACUGGAGGUGUUACUGGACUUCCUCAAGACAGAGCAGUCAGGAGGCAUCAGACGGGAGGUGCUGCGUGUGCUGGGCAUUCUAGGGGCCCUGGACCCUCACAGACACAAGACCAACCUAGGCCUCAUUCAGCUGGGCGAGGCAGGCACCGUGCUCAGCAUGUCUGACCCCAAGACCAGCCAGGACGCAGCUGUAGAUGAGACAACCAGCGAGAUGCUCGCUAACAUGAGUGCCUCUGCCACGUUGGAAGAGUUCUACCCGGCCAUCGCCAUAGCGACCCUGAUGAGGAUCAUCCGAGAUCCCACCCUGUCCAAGCACCACACCAUGGUGGUCCAGGCCAUCACAUUCAUCUUCAAGAGCCUGGGCAUCAAGUGCGUGUCGUACAUUCAGCAGGUCAUACCUGCCUACCUGACGGUGAUCAGGCCUGCUGACCAGAACUUCAGAGAUUUCCUGUUUCAGCAGCUAGGGUUGAUCAUUGCAAUCGUGAAGCAACACAUCAAACAGUACUUGGAUGACAUCUUUGCCUUAAUAAAGGAGUUUUGGACGCCCAGCAGUCCCCUACAGAACACGAUCAUCCUGCUAAUAGAGCACAUAGUGACAGCCCUGGGCACAGACUUCAAGGUGUACCUGCCCCAGAUCAUACCCUACAUCCUCAAGGUGUUCAUGCAUGACACCAGCCCCCAGCAGGUCGUCACAGCCAAGCUGCUGAAUGCCAUCCAGCUGUUUGGUGCCAACCUAGAUGAGUACCUGCACCUGUUACUGCCUCCUGUAGUGAGAAUGUUUGAUUCAACAGAUGUGCCCAUACCUGUCAGAAGAGUGGCCCUUGAGACUGUGGACCGACUAGCAGACACGCUGGACCUCACAGACUUUGCAUCCCGUAUCAUCCACCCGCUGUCCCGGACCCUGGACACGACCCCUGACCUUCAGCAGACAGCAAUGGACACACUGUGCUCCCUCGUGGUGCAGCUGGGGCCCAAGUUUCUCAUCUUCAUUCCCAUGGUGAACAAGAUCACCCUGAAACAUAAGAUCAAUCACCAGAGAUACAACAUCCUCAUGUGCCGCAUCCUCAAGGGCAGCACUAUAGCGGAGGAGGAAGAGGACACUGCUCUGAUGCUGUACAAGAAAAAUAAGGAGAAGGCUGCAGAGUCGGAGAAAAAUAAAACUGAACCAACCACAAUCAAAAAGCUGCAUGUCAACUUCAACAAUCUUAGAUCUGCACUGGGUAAGGGUCGUCGUGAGUCCAAGGAGGACUGGAUGGAGUGGCUGCGCAAGCUGAGUAUAGAGCUACUCAAGGAGUCCCCGUCCCCAGCCCUCCGCUCCUGCUGGGCCCUCGCUCAGUCAUACAACCCUCUCGCUAGGGACCUGUUUAACGCUGCGUUUGUCUCCUGCUGGACCCAGCUGACUGAGGAGCAGCAGGAUGAGCUCAUCAACAGCCUGGAGCUGGCCCUGAACUCCCAGGAGAUCCCUGAGAUCACACAGACCCUGCUCAACCUGGCAGAGUUCAUGGAGCACUGUGACAAGGGUCCAUUGCCCCUGGAGGCGUCCCUGCUUGGCCAGAGGGCCAUGAAGUGCCGGGCGUACGCCAAGGCCCUCCACUAUAAGGAGGAGGAGUUCCAUCGCGGCCCCACCACCGACACUCUUGAGGCUCUAAUCAGCAUCAACAACAAGCUUCAGCAGCCCGAGUCAGCGGCAGGCGUACUGGAAUAUGCCAUGAAACACCAUCGAGCUGACCUGAAAAUCCAGGAGGGCUGGUAUGAGAAACUUCACGACUGGCCUCGCGCUCUGAAGGCCUAUGAGCAGAAGUUGGAGACCAACCCUGACAUGGAGACCCUGCUGUUUGGGCGCAUGCGCUGCCUGGAGGCGCUGGCUGAGUGGAACCAGCUGCACCAGGUGGCGCUGGAGAAGUGGCCCACUGUGAGUGAUGACGUGCGCAGUCGCAUGGCUACCAUGGCAUCAGCAGCAGCAUGGGGACUGGGUCAGUGGGAGUCCAUGGAGGAGUACAUGCUGUUCAUCCCCCGCACCACAUACGAUGGAGCGUUCUAUCGCGCGGUGUACGCUGUCCACUCAGAGCAGUAUCAGCUGGCCCAGCAGUGCAUUGACAAGUCACGAGACAUCCUCGACACGGAGCUCACUGCCAUGGCGGGCGAGAGCUACAGUCGGGCAUAUGGGGCGAUGGUGAAUGUUCAGAUGCUGUCAGAGCUAGAGGAGGUGAUACAGUACAAACUGAUCCCUGAACGGAGAGAGGCCAUCAGGAACAUGUGGUGGGACAGGUUGCAGGGCUGCCAGCGUGUGGCGGAGGACUGGCAGAGGAUCAUUCAGGUGAGGUCCCUGGUGGUGUCACCUAUGGAGGACAUGAAGACAUGGCUCAAGUACGCCAGCCUUUGUCGCAGAAGUGGGCGCUUGGGUUUGUCUCACAAGACCCUGGUCAUGUUGUUAGGAACAGACCCCAGCAAAAAUCCUGACCAGCCCAUUCCCACUGUUCAGCCCAAGGUCACCUUCGCCUAUCUGAAACACAUGUGGAAAAACAAUCAAAGGAGUGAGUCCUACAAGAAGCUGCAGCACUUUGUGUCCCACUCCCUGCAAGCCCGGGCCCUCCAGCUACUGGCCCCUGAGGACGUCACACACAGGACCGAGCUCAACAAGCUCAUGGCAAGAUGCUACCUGAAGUUGGGCGACUGGUCGGAGGCGAGUCUGGAGCUGAACGAGCAGACGAUCCCCCAGAUCCUGGAGUACUACAGCCUGGCCACGGAGCAUGACAAGGGCUGGUACAAGGCCUGGCACAUGUGGGCCCUCAUGAACUAUGAGGCAGUCCUAUUCUACAAGCAGAAGGACUCUGGGGCCGGGCAGAGUCAGGAUGUUAACCUGCCCCUCACGCCCCGCGCUGAUACGAUUUCCGCCAAGAUCCACAAGUAUUGUGUGCCAGCAGUGGUUGGUUUUUUCAAGUCUAUCAACCUGUCCUCUCAGAACAGCCUGCAGGACACACUCAGGCUGCUGACCCUCUGGUUUGACUACGGACAGUGGCCGGAGGUACAUGAGGCGCUCAUUGAAGGCAUCAAGGCCAUCAAGAUAGAUGAGUGGCUGCAGGUGAUACCCCAGCUCAUCGCCCGUAUUGACACCCAUCGCACACUGGUGGGGCGGCUCAUACACCAGCUACUAAUGGAUGUGGGCAAGGAGCAUCCGCAGGCUCUCAUCUACCCCCUGACUGUGGCCUCCAAGUCGGCCGUCACUGCCAGACAGAAUGCAGCCAACAAGAUCCUCAAGAACAUGAGAGAGCAUAGCAACACACUCGUGCAACAAGCUAUUCUGGUGAGUGAGGAGCUGAUACGUGUUGCCAUUCUUUGGCAUGAGUUGUGGCACGAGGGGCUGGAGGAGGCGUCCAGGCUCUACUUCGGGGAGCGCAAUGUGAAGGGCAUGUUCACCACCCUGGAGCCCCUGCAUGCCAUGAUGGAGAGAGGGCCUCAGACACUCAAGGAAACAUCGUUUAACCAGACGUAUGGUCGCGACCUGAUGGAAGCUCAGGAGUGGUGCAAGAAGUACCAGCGCUCCGGCAAUGUGAAGGAUCUCACCCAGGCCUGGGACCUGUACUACCAUGUGUUCAGAAGGAUUUCCAAACAGCUUCCUCAGCUGACCUCGCUGGAGCUGCAGUACGUGUCCCAGAAGCUGCUGCGCUGUCAGGACCUGGAGCUGGCGGUGCCGGGCACGUACGACCCCAAGCAGCCCAUCAUCAAGAUACGCAAGGUGCAGAGCUCCCUGGCCGUCAUCACCUCCAAACAGAGGCCCAGGAAACUCAGUGUCUUUGGCAGCAAUGGCCAGGAGUACCAGUUCCUGCUGAAAGGCCACGAGGACCUGCGCCAGGACGAGAGAGUCAUGCAGCUGUUUGGACUGGUCAACUCGCUACUGCUUAGCAACGCAGAAACAUUCAGAAGAAAUCUGACGAUACAGAGGUUCAGCGUGAUACCGUUGUCUACAAACUCUGGACUGAUUGGCUGGGUGCCCCACACUGACACGCUGCAUUCUCUGAUUAGAGAUUACAGAGAGAAAAAGAAGAUCCUGUUAAAUAUUGAGCACAGGCUUAUGUUGAGGAUGGCCCCAGACUACGACCACCUGUGUCUGAUGCAGAAGGUGGAGGUGUUUGAGCAUGCCCUGGAGCACACGCUGGGAGACGACCUCGCCAAGAUUCUGUGGUACAAGAGUCCAAACUCAGAGAUGUGGUUUGACAGGAGGACAAACUACACUCGGUCCCUUGCCGUCAUGUCCAUGGUCGGUUAUGUGCUGGGUUUGGGAGACAGACAUCCGUCAAAUCUGAUGUUAGAUCGGAUGAGUGGCAAGAUUAUCCACAUUGAUUUUGGAGAUUGUUUUGAGGUUGCUAUGGUACGAGAGAAGUUUCCAGAGAAAAUUCCAUUCAGGUUGACUCGCAUGUUGAUAAAUGCUAUGGAGGUGACUGGUAUUGGUGGUAACUACAAGAUGACAUGUGAGAGUGUUAUGAACGUACUCCGUGACAACAAGGACAGUCUGAUGGCCGUCCUUGAGGCCUUUGUGUAUGACCCACUACUUAACUGGAGGCUUAUGGAUGCUACAACAAAGAACAAGGGUAAAUCCAAGAGGUCCGAUGCCAGCUUCUCAGGGGAGAGUCAAGAGCAGGGUGACAACUUUGAGACUGUGGAGCUGACCCAUUCCAGCCACAAGAAGUCCUUGAAGUCUGUAGCCGAGGUGGGACACACUGCUGCAGGGGACUCCUCUCAGGCAGAGAACAUGAACAAGAAGGCCAUCAGUAUUGUGGAGCAUGUGAGGGCCAAGUUGACGGGGCGAGACUUUACUGCAGAUGAGCCGGUGGACGUGGCAAAGCAGGUAGAUCUGCUCAUCAAGCAGGCCACGUCCCAUGAGAACCUUUGUCAGUGCUACAUCGGCUGGUGUCCUUUCUGGUAGUGGACUUUUAUUGAUAGUUCAGACAUUCUAGUCGAGAUUGAGGCACAUAACUCUUAAGAUAUUUUACUGUGAAUGAUGUUUUAUUAGGGCUCUAGUUACAUUGUCAAUGCAAGUGGCCAUAAUAUUUGUUUGAAUUAUUUAGAAGAGACUGUUUUGAGUAUUUGGUAAAGUAAAUCUAAACUUAAAGUUUUGAAUAUUGUUUGCAUAAUCAAGGCAUCUUGGAAAAGUUUACAAUUAUUAACUGCAAAAUGUUACAGCUUGUGUUUAAUUGACUGUGAAGUUUUUUGUUGUUGCUGUAAAUGGUAUGAUUUCCGCCCUCUCCCUCCCAAGAAGAGUGGCUAUACUGGAUUCACCUUUUGCUUUUUUCUUUGUAAACAUUUUACCUUAAUGUUCAAGUUUGCAUGUCUUGUUCCUAAUGUUAUGAAGUUGUUCAUGUUCUAUUUGUAUUGUCCUAUGAUGAAAUUGUUUAAGAUUUGCUCUCAUGGUACUUGUUAUUUAAAUAAAACAACUUGCUACAUA